GUUUCCCUAAUGAAUACGCCCGUUCUCUCAUCCCGCAAAAAUUGAGCUGUUGCGGCACUUACAACCGGCAGAUACUUCUGAUUUAACGCAGGAAAACUCAGCCCCCUCGAAAUUGCAGGUGGCGUCGUUGAGGAAGGUGGAGCACACAGACAAAAUGGUGACCAUUCCUGAGUACUAUGAGGGGAAGAAUGUGCUGAUCACAGGGGCCACAGGCUUUAUGGGAAAAGUCCUGCUGGAGAAGUUGAUGCGGUCCUGCCCUGGAGUCAAGGCUGUGUACGUCCUUGUCCGGCACAAAGCGGGCCACGCUCCCCUGGCCCGCAUCGCAGACAUGAUCAACUGCAAGCUUUUUGACAGGUUACGAGAUGAGCAGCCAGACUUUGCUGAGAAGAUAGUGGCUGUGAACAGUGACCUCACCCUGCCAGAACUGGACCUGAGCAAAGUGGACCAGGAAACUCUUGCUGACUGCAUCAACAUAGUCUUCCACUGUGCUGCAACCAUCCGAUUCAAUGAGCCUCUAAAAGAUGCAAUGCUACUGAAUGUUCUAGCCACCCAGAAGAUGGUGGCUCUUGCCCACAAAAUGAAGCACUUGGAGGUGUUCCUCCACGUGUCCACAGCCUACGCCAACUGUGACCGGACACUCAUUGAGGAAGUAGUUUACCCACCUCCUGUUGACUACAAGAAGCUCAUCGACAGCCUAGAAUGGAUGGAUGAGAAGCUGGUCUCUGCGAUGACCCCAGGGCUGAUAGGAAAAAGGCCCAACACGUACACCUACACCAAGGCCAUAGCUGAGUACCUGGUCCAGCAGGAGUGUGGAAGCCUCAACGUGGCUAUAAUCAGGCCUUCUAUAGUAGGGGCCAGUUGGAAAGAGCCGUUCCCAGGCUGGAUUGAUAAUUUCAAUGGACCUAGUGGAAUAUUCAUUGCAGCAGGAAAGGGGAUCCUGCGUACCAUGAGAGCGUCCAACAACGCGGUGGCUGACCUGGUGCCUGUGGACGCGGUCAUCAAUACCACACUGGCUGCUGCCUGGUACUCAGGCUCCCAGAGACACACCAGGCCUAAGAGCAUAUUGGUGUACAAUUGCACGACUGGCAGCAUCAACCCGUUCCACUGGGGUGAAGUUGAGUACCAUGUUAUAUCCACUUUCAAGAGGAACCCCCUCGAGCAGGCCUUCAGACGGCCCAAUGUAAAUCUCACAACCAAUCACCUUAUCAAUCAGUACUGGAUCGCUGUAAGCCACAAGGCACCAGCCUUCCUUUAUGAUCUCUGCCUCAGGAUGACGGGAAGAGAGCCCAGGAUGAUGAAGACCAUUACGAGGCUGCACAGGGCCAUGAUGGUGCUGGAGUACUUCACGAGCCAUUCGUGGGUGUGGAAAAAUGACAACGUCACCAUGCUCAUGAACCAGAUGGGUGCUGAUGACAAGAGGAUAUUCAACUUUGACGUGCGACAGCUGAACUGGGCAGAGUACAUGGAGAACUACUGCAUGGGGACUAAGAAGUAUGUCCUGAACGAGGCUGAGUCCGGCCUGCCAGCAGCACGCAAACACCUCAACAAGUUGAGGAACAUCCGCUACACGUUCAACACGGUCCUGGUCGUGUUCAUCUGGCGAGUGUUCAUCGCUCGGUCCCAGAUGGCCAGGAACAUCUGGUACAUUGUGGUCAGCCUCUGCUUUAAGUUCCUGUCCUAUUUCCGAGCAUCCAGCACCAUGAAAUACUGAGUCCACGUGGUGUACUCACCUUGACCCCAUCCACUCUCCUCAAUCCAGCAGCCCAGGCCGCCUUCUCUCCCUCUUGCCCAGCCCCCCUUCAGAUAGCUAUGUAUCCGACAAGGCUCUGCAAAUCCUAUAAUAUUUUGAGUUACUUAAGUGUCUGACAUACUAUUAAUCUACUGUAUGUGAAAUGUCCCCUUUUCUUUGCAGUGUGAUCCCUGAUGUGGGGGGUAGAACUGCAUUUGACUAAGCAUUAAUCUAAUCAGACCCCUGGUCUUAUGAUGCUAAUCUUGUACAUUGAUAGUCAGCCAAAUAGAGUUAUUGAUGCCUAGUUUGGUUGUCAUGGAGAUGGAGCAUUGCUUUGCUGACAGCCCCCAGGGUGGUCAGGCGGUGGUUUUGAUUAACAGUUUACAUUUUCCUGCUUGAAUAGGGGUAAAGGCACCCAUAUACUGUAUGCUUGAUGGUGGCAAUGACUAAUACACAAUGACAUGAUCAAGCACGAGGUAGAUGGUAAUAGAUAGGCUUUUUACAGUCCCUAACAGGUAUGAUUAUCUUGCAUCAGCUGACCUUGCAGAGCUAUGUCUUUUUGAAUUGUUUUAAAACAAUUUUCCAACCAUUUCUGACUGGACUGUCCGCUUAUAAUUCUGGCCCAAAUACCUCAUAGCUCAUGUAGCUCAGAUCAGGCAACUGCUCAAAGGACUUGAUUUUGGAUAGUUUGGGUAGGUAGUCUAAGGGCUCUUUACACUGCUUUCACUGAUGACAGCUAUCAGAAAUGUGCAUCUAUGUCCAUUUUAAAAGAAUGAGUAACUGUUUUUCCCCAUGUUGGUCAUUUAUUUAAUUGUCUGAAAUGGGAGUGUUGUGUUCUGCUUAUACAUCUCACAUGUUUUGCCUGUUGUCAUGUUUGGGAUAUUCCAUGCAUGGGGAGAGGCCUCUUCUCUUCCGAACACCUUUAUCCCUGUCUCAUGCUAUAAUAACUUUCAAAGGUGGUCUUUAUCCAAUGUUUGCCUGGGUUGUUGGGCACUUGUAACAUUUUAAGCUUUUUUUACUUGUCCAUUUUCCAUGUUGUCUUGUACAUAUUGUCUUAACAUGUUGGACUUACUGUGCACUUUCCUGUGGUUGUAUGCUGCAUGACAUUCAUUCGGAAUGUCCAAUUGUCAUAUAGUCACUUGUACAUACAGUUGAAGUCGGAAGUUUACAUACACCUUAGCCAAAUACAUUUAAACUAAUUUAAGCCUAGGAAAAAUUCCCUGUCUUUGGUCAGUUAGGAUCACACCUUUAGAAUGUGAAAUGUCAGAAUAAUAGUAGAGAGGAUGAUUUAUUUCAGCUUUUAUUUCUUUCAUCACAUUCCCAGUGGGUCAGAAGUUUACAUACACUCAAUUAGCAUUUGGUAGCAUUGCCUUUAAAUUGUUGAACUUGGGUCAAACGUUUCGGGGAGCCUUCCACAAGCUUCCCACAAUAAGUUGGGUGAAUUUUGUCCCAUUCCUCCUGACAGAGCUGGUGUAACGGAGUCAGGUUUGUGGGCCUCCUUGCUCACACACGCUUUUUCAGUUCUGCCUACACAUUUUAUAUAGGAUUGAAGUCAGGGCUUUGUGAUGGGCACUCCAAUACCUUGACUUUGUUGUCCUUAAGCCAUUUUGCCACAACUUUGGAAGUAUGCUUGGGGUCAUUGUCCAUUUGGAAGACCCAUUUGCGACCAAGCUUUGACUUCCUGACUGAUGUCUUGAGAUGUUGCUUCAAUAUAUCCACUUCAUUUUCCUCCCUCAUGAUGCAAUCUAUUUUGUGAAGUGCACCAGUCCCUCCUGCAGCAGAGCACCCCCACAACAUGAUGCUGCCAACCCUGUGCUUCACGGUUGGGAUGGUGUUCUUCGGCUUGAAAGCCUCCCCCUUUUUCCUCCAAGCAUAACGAUGGUCAUUAGGGCCAAACAGUUCUAUUUUUGGUUCAUCGGACCAGAGGACAUUUCUCCAAAAAGCACAAUCUUUGUCCCCAUGUGCAGUUGCAAACCGUAGUCUGGCAUUUUUAUGGCGGUUUUGGAGCAGUGGCUUCUUCCUUCCUGAGCGGCCAUUCCGGUUAUGUCAAUAUAGGACUCGUUUUAUUGUGGAUAUAGAUACUUUUGUACCUGUUUCCUCCAGCAUCUUCACUGUUCACAUCUUUGCUGUUGUUCUGGGAUUGAUUUGCACUUUUCGCACCAAAGUACAUUAAUCUCUAGGAGACAGAACGUGUCUCCUUCCUGAGCGAUAUGACGGCUGCGUGGUCCCAUGGUGUUUAUACUUGCGUACUAUUGUUUGUACAGAUGAACGUGGUACCUUAAGGCAUUUGGAAAUUGCUCCCAAGGAUGAACCAGACUUGUGGAGGUCUACGAUUUUUUUUCUGAGGUCUUGGCUGAAUUCUUUUGUUUUUCCAAUGAUGUCAAGCAAAGAGGCACUGAGUUUGAAGGUAGGCCUUGAAAUACAUUCACAGGUACACCUCCAAUUGAUUCAAAUGAUGUCAAUUAGCCUAUCAUAAGCUUCUAAAGCCAUGACAUAAUUUUCUGGAAUUUUGCAAGUUGUUUAAAGGCACAGUCAACUUAGUGUAUGUAAACUUCUGACCCACUGGAAUUGUGAUACAGUGAAUUAUAAUUGAAAUAAUCUGUCUGUAAACAAUUGUUGGGAAAAUGACUUGUUUCAUGCACAAGUAGAUGUCCUAACUGACUUGCCAAAACUAUAGUGUGUUAACAAGAAAUGUGUGGCGUGGUUGAAAAACAAGUUUUAAUGACUCCAACAUAAGUGUAUGUAAACUUCCAACUUCAACUGUAUCAUGGAUGUUUGGCCAGAUUAUAAAAUAGUCCUUUGAUCUGUGCUCACAUGAUCCAUUGGGAAUAAGAUUAGUAAGUGAUCCACUUUCUGGGAGGUUUGUGUGAAUUGUGCCUGAACUUGUCUAUGACAAAAUAUUAAUGUUUGUCAAUAGUUACCACAGCCACAAAGUAAUAAACCCAGUCUAUUUCUACAAUUCUGCCUCUUAAAAUAGGAUUUUAAACCUAACCUUGAACACACUGCCAACCUUAUGCCUAACCUUAAAUGAAGACCAAAGAGCACAUUUCUGUUUUGAUAAACUUUUACAAUAUUGCCAAUUUUGACUUUGUGGCUAUACUAUCUAGUUGAAACUUAAAAAGAGCACUCCGAUCUAUGUGUUCUAAUCCGUUUGUGUACAACUCUAGGUAGACUUCAAGAUCUGGCUUAAAAAGUAUUUUUAUGCUAUUAAACAACAAUUAAUAUUACAUGGCCAUUUAUUUACUGGAGCGAAAAGCUUGAGGAAACACAAUUCACCUGAUACAACUUCAGCUGCUGGUUACCAUUUUACUUUACAUUUGGGAUUUACUGCAUUCUGUUUAAACUGUUUUAUCAAUUAUAUUGUCAGUUCUUUUAAGUGUACCAUUUUUCACAAAAUGAAAUAGUUAACACACCCUGACUUUUUGCACAAUUACUAAAAUACCUAAGAUUCCUGAAAGUUAAGGGAAUACUGUAGUUGCUUCUAUUUUAAUAUGAAUUAAUAACUUGACAAGUCUGUUGUAAUAACUGUUAAGCACCACAUUUAGAAAGGGAUCCUUACUUUCACUUGCUUUUUUAAAAUCCAGUUUCUGUAUUGGAUUUGAAGAUUUUAGUGUGUAAUAGUGGGUUUUUUCUGGUAUGUGGCUUGCUAUGUAGUAUUGUUAAACUUGUCUUGCAAUGGAACUGCCAAUUCAGAGUUUCUUAGGAACUUGUCUUGCCAGUGAAGUAAGGGAGUGGAGCAGACCCCUUCUACUACUUCUGUUUGUGUUGCUAGGGAUUCAUAUUACUGGAUCAUUCUAAUGCUCUUCUAUUCGAAGAACAUUGCACAUCAAACUUUUACAUUCUUUCUGGUUUUACAGCAUCAUAUUCCAAUACCCAUCUGGACAUAAAUUAGAUUUAUUGUAAUAUAUUGCUCUUGCCUUUUGACUGCCUGCAAAUGUUUUGUUGUCCUGCUUCCUCAAAUAAUUGUAGAAUGUAGUCCCCUAGAAAGAUCUGUACCCUAUAACCAAUUUGUUGUCUUUACCAUGACCCUCAGUUAAUGUUCCCGAGUAUGCGCUCUGCAUAUUUCAUUGACGGUGUAAAAGCUCUUUCCACAGUCAAGGUAAAUGUUUAAAACAAUCAAUGGGUGCCUUUUUGUUUGUAAACCAAAAAGAAGGAAUAAACUCUGUUAAAUCUUG